CAGGUCUGCCUCCCAGGUCCCGGCACCCCCAGCCUCGAGGUCCCGAGUCAACCAUGCGGACAACCUGCCGCCCUUCUCAGGCCCCUUUCCCAACUAGGCCGCGCAGGCAAGGAGCUGAGCUCAGGGCCAAGGAAUCCUGUCUAAGGCUUUGGCGGGGGAGGGGGAUUGUUUGGGGUCUGAGCCCUGAUUGGCUGCGUCCGGGCCACGCCCCUACCCCUUUUCCCCUUCUCCCCCCUCGGACCGGGGGCGUGGAGGCAACCGGGAUCAGCCAGGGGCCAGCAUGAGCCGGAGGGAGGGAAGUCUGGAAGACCCCCAGACUGACUCCUCAGUCUCAUCCCUUCCUCACUUGGAGGCCAAGAUCCGUCAGACACACAGCCUUGCCGGCCUCCUCACCAAAUAUGCUGAGCAGCUGCUCCAGGAAUAUGUGCAGCACCAGGGAGACCCCUUCGGGCUACCCGGCUUCUCGCCCCCGCGGCUGCCGGUGGCCGGCCUGAGCGCCCCGGCACCGGGCCACGCGGGCCUGCCCGCGCCCGAGCGCCUGCGGCUGGACGCGGCGGCGCUGGCCGAGCUGCCGCCGCUGCUCGAUGUGGUGCGCCGCCACCAGGCCGAGCUGAACCCGCGUGCGCCGCGCCUGCUGCGCCGCCUGGAGGACGCGGCGCGCCAGGCCCGGGCCCUGGGCGCCGCUGUGGAGGCCGUGCUGGCCGCGCUGGGCUCCGAGACCCACGGGCCGCGGCCCGAGCCCCCUGCCGCCGCCGCCGCCGCCACCGCCACCGCCACCGCCACCGCCACCACCACCGCAGACGUCUUCCCGGCCAAGGUGCUGGGGCUCCGCGUGUGCGGCCUCUACCGCGAGUGGGUGAGCCGCACCGAGGCCGACCUCGGCCAGCUGGGGCCCGGGGGCCCGGCCUGAGCACGGGUCGCUGGGCUGCAGGCUGCAGCUCGCUGUCACCUCCUCAUCUCUCUCUGGCCAUCUCUGUCAGUGUCUGUAUGCUCUCGCACUGUCUGCAUCUCCCUGUCUCUCUGGUCUCUAUUUGCUUUGUAUGCGCUCGGCUUCUUUUUCUGUCUCGGGACCUUCUUGUCUCUGUAUGUGACUUCCCGUGUUCUCUUUCUCCAUCGCAUGGGCCUGCCUCCGUCUCUCUUGGCCUCCCCCGUUACCCAUCCCUGGGGGGGUCUCUUUGUCUUCCUUUUCCCCCAUCUCUUGUCUCCUCUUGGCCCCAUGUGAGCAUGUGUACAUCUCAGCCUCAUCUCAAGGAGGGAAUACCUUGUCACUCUUUUUCUCUGGUCCUUUCCCAGCCUGGGAUGUGCCUGCUGGCCCUGUGGUGGGAGGGUUAUUCCAGACAAAUUUCAGCCACCUUCCCCCAGAGUCACUUCACCUGCUGCCCUCCCCCACCCCAUCCCAUUCCUUGGGGCCCUGCCCUGCUUUCCCUUUGAUGUCCUUCACUUCCCUCUACCCUAUCCCUGCACCUCCCCUCUCCCAAGCCAGGUCUGUGGAAAGAAAACAUCAACACCUUAAAAGAGUUUUAUUUCUGAGAAUAAAUUAAUUGUUUUGUAAAUAAAAUGUUUAAAAAUAAAAAGAACACUAAAAUUACCAAUAUAUAGUUGUCGAAAAUGGGGAGACACCUUUGAGGAGAAUAGGAUCCUUGGAGCAUGGCCUGGUCCUCCAGACACUCCCAAAAGCCACAGUAUGUGACUCAUGAGAGCCCCAGGCCAGGGAUGCCAUCUGUCAGCCGGGAACAGGAAGUGGAUGUGUCCUGAGCAGGGAACAGAUGUGACAUGAGUUCUUAGUUUUUCAAGAAUUGGACUUCCAUUGAUCAGGAAGUGGAGCUCCUUAAGAUGGGAAGCUGGAACAGUGGCCACAGUCAGAGAGGUAGACUAGGGAGGGAAAUGAACCCUAGCAAGAAGAAGAGAGGCCUAUCUGCUCAGAAAGUCCAUAUCUUCAUACAGGAAGUGAGGUAGACAGAGACAAGAAGGCAGCCCCUGAACCUCCCCAAAAUU